ACAACCCCGCUUGAAUUUGUGUGGUGGAAUUGGGAAGCCUUAGUAACUAGUACUAGGAGAGACACAAAGAGAAAAAAACCAAAUGUCCACCACCUUUGGAACCAUGAAUGGAACUCUGUGUACCUCUUCUUCUCCUGAGUGGAUGCAACUGUAUGAACAAACCAUUGAUGCUUGUUUCGGAUUCUCCGAUGCUACUGCCGUCACCGUCACCACGAACAACUUAACCUCCAACACUUCAUAUGCAGCCGCCGUUGACCACUACUUGGCCCCCAAGGCCUGUAUAUCAAAGUCUAUUAGGAGACGAUCUAGAGCUUCAAAGAGGACACCCGUCACCCUCCUCAAUGCCGACGCCAAAAACUUCCGAUCCUUGGUGCAACAAUUCACGGGCUGUAGCCGUCGUAGCACCUCCAUUUCAUUUGCCAAAAACCCAAGAGGUCCCGUCAAUAUAAAUUUUGCCCAUGUUAAUCCAAAGAACGACGACGACCACCACCAUAAUUACACUAGUCAUUCAGAUCAUGCUUCAACAAUACCGCAGCCUGGCACUAAUGACUGUUGGAAGUCUCAACUGCUGCAACGGCAAGAAAAGCAUGAACAUCAUCAUCAUCAUCAACAACAUGAUGAUGAGUACCAACAGCGAGUGUCAAAUGAAGAACAAGAAGGCGAGUUUUCUUUUGACAGUAUCACGUCGACUGAUCAUGAUGAUCUAUUUCCGCAAGGGUUUGUGAUAGAUGAUUUGUAUUAAAUUAUUAUAUAGAUGUUGUAGAGAGAAAGUCAAUAAAAGUAACCACUGAAUCUGAAGGCUGUUCAUCUUCA